AUGAAGAUCUCCACCUACCUUAGUGUUGCCUUGGCCGGCAGUACUACUAGCGCCAAGUUCAUGGAGAACGAUCGCCUUGCCGCUGAAGGCAUGACGAAGCUGGAGAUUCAUUUAGCUAAGAAUGGUAUUCCAAGCCCUGGGACUUGCACACUAGACAAAGCGUCGGUUCGCAGAGAGUGGGCAACACUAUCCCGCAAAGAGCGAAUUGCCUUCACCGAUGCUGUCAACUGUCUUCACAAGCUCCCUGCAAGGACACCAGCAUCUGUCGCUCCCGGUGCAAAGAGCCGCUACGAUGACCUAGUCGUCACCCACAUCCAGCAGUCGCUCACGAUCCACGGCACAGGCAACUUCCUAACGUGGCACCGCUACUUCACCUGGGUCUUUGAGCAAAUGAUCAGAAAAGAAUGUGACUACAGGGGCACUUUCCCUUACUACAACUGGGCACACUACGCUUCUGACCCCAAAAGCGGCCCCUUCUUCGACGGCAGCGCCUCGAGCAUGUCUGGCGACGGCAGCUACGUCCCCGGGCGCAACUAUUCUUGUUUCCCGUGGGAUGGCAUAGCCGGGCCCUGCUACAUGCACCUAGCCCCAGGCUCAGGCGGUGGAUGUGUGACAUCGGGUCCAUUUAAAGAUUUCAAAAUCAACAUGGGCCCUCUACAAACGAUGCUCCAGCUCCCAGGCGGCGGUCUGCCAAAGAACCCACAGCCCAAUGGGCUAGGCUACAACCCGCGGUGUCUCAGCCGCGACAUUUCGCUGCAAGCUGCGAAUGCGACGACAGACGCUGAGGUCGUACGGCUACUCAAGAACUACACGGACAUUGCGACGUUUCAGAGAGAGUACCAGGGCGCAUUUGCCGAGGGCCGCAUGGGCGUGCAUACUGGUGGUCAUUACACAAUUGGCGGAGAUGCAGGCUCGGAUUUCUACAAUAGUCCUGCUGAUCCGGCGUUUUAUCCUCACCACGCCAUGAUUGAUCGCGUGUGGUGGACCUGGCAGAAUCUCGAUCUCAAGAACCGCGAAAGAGCGCUUGCUGGAAGUGCGGGUGGUAUUGGGGAUACGACGGCGAGGAAUGCUACGCUGGGUGAUGCCUUGUCGGUGGGUGAGUAUGUGGGGUAUCCGAACAUUACGAUUGGGGAUGCGAUGAGUACGGUUGGGGGGCCCUUUUGUUACAUUUAUGCUUAAAAAAGUUUGGCGUAACAUGUCAUGGCAGAUUUUUUUUCCCCUCAAGACUAAGGAGGUUUCCUUUUUGAGAUU